UUCAUUUUUUCUUUUUGUGUUUUCCCAAAUUAAAUGAAGUGUCUUCUUUCCAUCAAUUAAACGUGAAUCUUGGUUAUUUGAAAUGGAAGAGCGUAUGAGGAAGUAUAGGCAGCUGAGUCCAGAGAGAGCCAAAGUGUGGACUGAGAAAUCACCAAAAUAUGAACAACAACAGCCCAAUCAAAUUGAUGGAAAAGUGCCAGUGGUAUACUAUCUUUGUAGAAAUCAACAACUUGAGCAUCCUCAUUUCAUGGAAGUAACCAUGUCUUCCCCUGAUGGUCUAUACUUGAGAGAUGUAAUCAAGAGGUUUAACGUUUUGAGAGGCAAGGGAAUGGCUUCAUCUUAUUCUUGGUCCUGCAAGAGCUACAAGAAUAGAUUUGUGUGGCAUGAUCUUUCUGAAGAUGAUCUAAUUCUUCCUGCUCUUCCUACUGAAUACGUUCUAAAAGGCUCGGAGCUUUGUGAAGAAUUAAAGUCAGGUCGAUCCAGUCCUGCAAAAAAUGAUAGCUUGUCAAAUCAAAAAGUAUUACCAGAACCUCCACUGUCAAGAAGCCAAGAUGAUUCCUCUCCAUCUAACACGAAUGAAAGAUGUGCAAAGAAUACUUGUGAUGGUGAACAAUCACUUCCUGCUGAAAAGGCAAACAGCGCUAAUACGUAUGAUGGCCUGUCUGGUGCUUCCGUUCAGAUUCAUGAAAAGACAAACACGGCUAAUACAACUCAUGAUGAUAUUUGUAGAAGAGGCAUUUCAACGGAUGAUAGAUCUUGUGCGGUUGAAAAAAAUGAAAUAAAUCAGGUUCAGGUUAACAGAAUGAAUGAGUCAGCAGAUAUACGGGUGGAGUCAGACACACUUCCACCAGAUACCUUAAUAUCUCUCAUCAGAUCAGAUGUUAGAAAGCUCAGGAAACUUGAUAGUGAAGUGUGUCGCGUUCCAUCAAAGCUAAAGCCUCAUAAUAUGCUUAUGCAACUAAUUUCUUGUGGAUCAAUUUCAGUAAAGGAUCAUAGAUUUGGCUUUAUACAUACGUACAAACCAAGAUUAAAUUUAGGAAAACUUGAUUGCAUUACAAGGAAUAAGAGUUUAAUGGGUCUGAAUUUGGAAGACGAGGAAUAUUUCUGUGCAAGCUGGACGGAGUCUAGUAUCCCCAAGGAAAACCAGUCAUCCUUCAUCACUGCUGAGAGGACAAAUAGAAAGCCUGAAGAUUCAGUUCAAAGUAAAGAGGGGGCAAGUUCUAGAUGCUCAAAGUGCGUUAGACAUUCCACCACCAAUGUGCCAAAAAAAUGAGUCAUGGAGAUGAUCCCAUCUUUCAGAAGGAGAAACACGCAGUUUGCGAAUCGUAAAACCUUUUUGGGCAUAGAAACAGUCCACAAGAAAUGCGAAAGAAAAUGUGGUUAAAAUUGAAGGAGGUCAAGUUCACUAAUUUUCAGAAUUGCUUAGAUUAUAAUAUAUAUGGUCGAAAAGCUCUUGUAUUAUUUGAUUUAGCAUAGGAAAACAGCAUGUGGAAAUAUGAAUAUUUGUCUAUAGGAAUUGUUGGAGUGUUGUUUUGAUCAGGAUUAAUACUACAGCAAGAGAAAAACUUGUGAUUCUUCUACUG